AUGUCAAGUGGUGCCAAAUUACGAAGGCAUUCCGAUGGAAUAGCAAGAUCUGGAAAUGAUGAAAGAAAAGUUGUUGUUCCUCGUUAUCUCAGAGCAUCUAUUGGCUCCUGUCAUGAUUUUUGUAAAUAUGGAAGGAUGAAUGUGGAGGAAGCAAAGGAGACACUCUCCAUGCUUAAGAGAGCUGGAAGAAAAUCACUUUCCCGAAGUUCAGAUAACAGUAUUGGUGGGAUAACGAUAUCAGUUGCCAAACAGAAAGCUUCACUUGAUUCCAAGCCAACACAGAUGUCAAAAGUGAAAAUUUCUUCAAGUUCUGAGGGGGAAAUUCCAUCAAAACCAACUUCUAUAAGGGUGGAAUCUUCACCAGCAGCAAUUUCUCAGAGGGUGAAAACUCAUCCAAAAUUAACUUCCAAAAUAGUCAAAGCUUCAUCAAAAUCUAUGUCUACGAUGAAGCAAGCUUCACCAAAGGUGUCUUCUUCUGAAGAUAAAGAAGUGCAGUUGUCCGAAAAGCAUGCGACUCCAAUGAAGACCACAUCUUCUAUGAAUUCUUCUGAGGGACUUGGUGGCCAAAGGAUUAGUAAGAUUAAGUUGAGAAAGAGGAAAAACUCACCCAGGUCUUCACCCGGAGGCAUUGGAAGCGUUAGUGCAAGAAAGCACAAAGGCCUGAAAAUUGUGCCUCAUCUUAUGAUUAUGAAUCAACCCGCUAUAGAAGUAGAACCUGAAGAGCACAACAAGGAGGCUCAGGAAAAGACUUUGUAUGUCAUCAAGAUGGAAAGUGCAAACCAAAGUUCACAAUCUGAUCAAAACGAAAGCCAGGAAAUUGAAUCUCCCCUUUCUAAUUCGUUAUCACCCUCCUCAAUUUCUCUAACCUCACCCCAAGAAGACCAAGAGGAAUCGGAAUAUGCAAAUACUGAAUCCGAGGAGGAUGUUCCUCCCCAAAACCAUGAAUUUGAAUACCAGGCUAAUGUGGAUACACUGGAAGCUGAGGAGAAUGGAAGGCAUCAAAAAGAUGUUGAGGUUGCUUUUUCCGAAGACAAGGACUGCCAAAAGUUGAGUGGAGAAUUGGCUGAAACUCAAAUUGACGAAGAUAAUCUGAAAAGCCUGGAGAGAGGAAAAGUGCUAAGGGACAACGCCACUGAUGAGUCUGCUGCUAGAACUGGUCCAGAGAUGGUUGUUUUGAGACCUGAAGAUGAGAAGGAGAAGAAAGAUGAAGAAGAAUUGUAUAACAAUGUGAUUGAAGCAACAGCAAGUAAGCUUGUUGAAGAGGGCAAGGUUAAAGCAUUGAUUGAUGCCUUUGAAAAUAUAAUAUCUCUUGAAGAGAAAAGGACUUUGGCAAACAUUUUCAACUGA